GCAGGCAGGCCACGGCGGAGGGCCGCUGAUUGGCCGCUCCUCCUGGCGGACCCUCCCUCCCUCCCUCUCUCUCGCGUGGCACACGGCACAGCCAGGGCUGCGCGGAAUCCUAAAGCGGCCCGAUUUACAUCCAUUCAUGAAUCCGUGACGUCAGCCCCGGCUGGGGCUCCUUUGCAGUGGGCUGGCUGGAGGACCGCGGGGGUGCAGGUCCCCGGCUUCGGCCUUCCACCGUGCCCGGCCGCCGGCCUUCCAUCUUCUCCGCAGCCCGAAAAUGGAGCGGCGUGUGUAGGAAUCCCUCCCGGCCAUAAUCGGGAAGACGGGAGCUGCCAGUGAACGCCCCAUCUUUGCAGAUGAUGCUAAACUCUUCUGGGGACGGAAAUACCGACCUGGGGAUAUACCGCAUGAAGAUCCUGAAGCCCUUACUUGCUACGGGACUGUCCUCAAGCCAUUCUCCAGACAUCCUCCCCAGUUCUUAUGCACACCCAUGGCACAAUGAGCAGCCCUCAGGAGCAGCUAAGCUGGGCUUCCUCUCCCACUCUGACCCUGAGUGAGAACAGAGCUUUUGGCGGGCUCCAUGAGGAACGCACGUCCCCCAGGAACCACCCUUCUCCCAAGCUCUUUGAGGACGUGGGAGACAAGGGGGUUCUGCGAGCCGAGCUGACGGAGGGCCUGACCAGCCCCAUCGCCACAACUGCCCUCACUAGUGUCAGCGAGGACUCAAGGGACCACUUUGAGAACAGUGUCCUGCAGCUCAGGGAACAAGAGGAAUCUGAGAUGGCCACUUCUCAGGGCAAUGGUCAUGCGGGCGAUGGGGAGAACACCAGCGGCACCGAGGACGUCAAGGUCCAGUUCAGCAGAUCAGGGAGCGGGAGCGGCGGCUUCCUCGAAGGACUUUUCGGCUGCCUGAGGCCGGUGUGGAACAUCAUAGGCAAAGCCUACUCCACAGACUACAAGCUCCAGCAGCAAGAUACGUGGGAAGUCCCCUUCGAGGAGAUCUCGGAGCUGCAGUGGCUGGGCAGCGGAGCCCAAGGGGCCGUCUUCUUGGGCAAGUUCCGGGCAGAGGAGGUGGCCAUUAAGAAGGUGAGGGAGCAGAACGAGACGGACAUCAAGCACCUGCGGAAGCUGAAACACCCCAACAUCAUCGCCUUCAAGGGUGUUUGUACCCAGGCCCCGUGUUAUUGCAUCAUCAUGGAAUAUUGUGCUCAUGGACAGCUCUACGAGGUCUUGCGAGCUGGAAGAAAGAUCACUCCCCGCCUGCUGGUGGACUGGUCCACAGGGAUUGCCAGCGGCAUGAAUUACUUACAUCUACAUAAGAUCAUCCAUCGGGACCUCAAAUCCCCUAAUGUAUUAGUCACUCAUACAGACGCGGUCAAAAUUUCUGACUUCGGCACCUCCAAAGAACUCAGUGAUAAAAGCACAAAAAUGUCCUUUGCUGGCACCGUGGCAUGGAUGGCCCCGGAAGUGAUCCGAAAUGAGCCUGUCUCGGAAAAAGUGGACAUCUGGUCCUUUGGCGUGGUGCUGUGGGAGCUGCUGACGGGGGAGAUCCCGUACAAAGACGUGGACUCCUCGGCCAUCAUCUGGGGCGUGGGCAGCAACAGCCUGCACCUGCCCGUCCCCUCCACGUGUCCCGAUGGGUUCAAGAUCCUCAUGAAGCAGACCUGGCAGAGCAAGCCCCGCAACCGGCCUUCCUUCCGCCAGACGCUCCUGCAUCUGGACAUCGCCUCUGCAGAUGUGCUCGCCACGCCGCAGGAGACCUACUUCAAAUCUCAGGCCGAAUGGAGGGAGGAAGUGAAGAAACACUUCGAGAAGAUCAAAAGCGAGGGGACCUGCAUCCACCGGCUGGACGAGGAGCUCAUUCGGCGGCGCCGAGAAGAACUCAGGCACGCGCUGGACAUCCGGGAACAUUACGAGCGGAAACUCGAGCGCGCCAAUAACCUGUACAUGGAGCUGAGCGCCAUCAUGCUGCAGCUGGAGGUCCGCGAGAAGGAGCUCAUCAAGCGCGAGCAGGCCGUGGAGAAGAAGUACCCGGGCACGUACAAAGGGCACCCCGUGAGACCCAUCAUCCAUCCCAACGCCGUGGAGAAGCUGAUGAAGCGGAAGGGCGUGGCUCACAAGCCGGGGCUGCCCACCAAACGGCCGGAUCUCCUGCGCUCCGAAGGCAUCCCCGCCACAGAGGUGGCGCCCCAGGCAUCCCCGGGCUCCGGGAGCCCCAGAAUAUCGACCCCGGGCAGCAAAGGCCGCUACCGCAGCAAGCCCCGCCACCGUCGCGCCAACAGCAAAGGGAGCCAUAGUGACUUUGUGGCCAUCUUGAAAAACCAGCCAGCGCAGGAGGCCUCCUCCCAGCCCGCGGCGCCCUGCCCGCCUCCCGCCCCCCUCCAUCCUUCCCAUCCCCACGGCUCCCAGCAACAGCAGUACCCCCCACCCCCGAAGCCCUCACCCCUUGACCCCCACCCCAGGCUCAACCUGCACGGACAGGACAUCGCCAACUGCGCUAACAACUUGCGGUACUUUGGGCCGGCGGCGGCCCUCCGCAGCCCGCUCAGUAACCACGCGCAAAGACAGGUGGCCGGCUCCAGCCCCGACCUCAUCUCCACGGCCAUGGCGGCAGACUGCUGGAAGAGUUCCGAGCCCCCAGGGGGCCCGGCCGGCCCUUGGGCCCGCUGCCAGGCAGACCCCCACGACCCCUGCCUCCAGUGCCAGCCCGAGGCCGGCCGGCCGCAGGAAGCGUCUUCAGAGCCAGAGGCCCAGAGCGCCAGCCUCCCCCUGCCCGCGGCCCCGGGCCACGCCGGCCUCUGUGAAGCUGGCCAGGGCUCCGAGAAGAUGGGAGCUCCGCAGUUCCACGGCCGCCAGCCUCUGUCCUCCUUCAGCCCCCGCCAGCACAUGACCCCUCCGAUGCUACCUCGAAAAACGAGACCCCUUCAGAAGAGCGGGGACGACUCCUCGGAAGAGGAAGGAGAAGUGGACAGUGAAGUGGAGUUUCCCCGAAGACAGAGGCCCCACCGCUGUAUCAGCAGCUGCCAGUCCUACUCGACCUUCAGCUCGGAAAACUUCUCCGUGUCCGACGGGGAGGAGGGGAACACCAGCGACCACUCCAACAGCCCCGACGAGCUGGGCCGCCGGCUGGAGGACCGCCUGGCCGAGCGCCUGGAGGACCUGCUGUCCCAGACCCCCGAGAUCCCCAUCGAGAUCUCCACGCAGUCCGACGGGCUUUCGGACAAGGAGUGUGCCGUGCGCAGGGUGAAGACGCAGAUGUCGCUGGGCAAGCUCUGCGGGGAGGAGCACGGCUACGAGAAUCCCGGGCCCUUGGGAGAAUCCGACUGUGACUCUUCGGACGGGGAGUGCUCGGACGCCACGGUCCGGACCAACAAGCAUUACAGCUCGGCCACGUGGUAACGCGGGGGCCGAGCUCCCUCUCCCUCCUCCCCGGAGCGCUCGGCAAUAACUGGCCCCGGCUCGGGGCAAACGGCGUCCAAACGAAGUGAAUCCUCACUGAGCAUUUCAAUCACGAAUGGCAGGGAUCUCUUUUAUUGACUCUUCGAGCUACUGUAACAUGAAUAUUUAUUUUUGUUUGACAUUUUAACACUUUGUACUGUAAAGAGUGAACUAUAUGUGGUAUAUGUAUAUAUUAUGUAUACAUUGAGAGAGACACCAUAAUUUGUGCAAAAAACUUACGAAGGAAAUAGAAUUUAGAGCAGUGUCCCUCGGAGUUUCUGGGGCAGGAAUUAGUGCUGCUGAUCCAUCGGGGACCAGGCCUCCGGCCCUAGUGAUGAUGGGAAGGCAAACGGGAAGCAGGAAGCAAUCCCAGCGAGAUCAUGGCACGGGCUGAGAUUCCCCCCGAGGGGCCGGGGCUUGGCCGGAGGCCAGGAGCCUCCUCUGGGAAGGGAGGCCGGCUUUCUUUCUUUCUGAGGCCGCUGCCCCCCCACAGCUCAGGACACCCUGGGGCAUCCGGCCCCGCCGACCUCCUGUCUGCUUUGCCCAGAAAGGAGCAGGGGCCUCGGGGCUAACCUUGAAGGCAGGACGCGGGCUCCCCCGAGCAGUUCCAGACCCGACCCUGUAGUCUGUGUUCAUUCAUCCUUCACUCACCAGGGCAAGUGUUAGUCUACAAGAGCCAGUCACCUUGGGGACUCUCCCAGCCCCCUCCCCCCCCCCCCCCAACACUGAGGCAGGAUGGGGCUGGGCAGGGGACAGCCGUGGGUCCUGACAGCCCAGACAGGCUCCAUCCUGGUCCCACCUGCCCCAGUGGGUCCUGGCAGCACUCUGCCUUUGUUUAUCGAGGCCUAAAACGGUUCCAGAUCAAAGCAGCGUCAUCCCCCUCCCCCACACACAUGCGCCCCUCCCCGCGGGGGUCCGGCCGGGCGGCCGGAGGGGCGGAGGCCAGUUUCCUUUACUCACUGGGUCCGCCUGUUUGUUUACAUGUAAUGAUGAGAUGUCGAUUUUAAUUUUGUGGCUGUAAUUAACGGCCACCAGGUAGGCGAAGGCACCUCCGGAUUCCUUCUCCAUAGAGCAGUAUUGUGCCCGAUAAAUUAUUCCAUUUUAUAAACUUUCUGUAGCUGGACUACACGGAAGCUCUUAAGUUAUGGCAUUUUUAUUAUGAUUUUAUUAUUUUGUCAUCGCUGAUGUCACGAUCGUUUUUCUGUCGAUCAGAAGGGUUGGUUUACAGUCGAACACAAACGAUUACGUAUUUAUUGCUGCCAGUGAACUGUCCGAUUUUAUAAAGGAACAAAAACCAAGGGUCCACGCCUUCGCCUCGCGGGGGCUCCUGGGCAGGGAGAUGAACCCACGAGGGACGGCCACGGGCUUCAGUCCCCAGAGGAAAAGCCCUGGGCUCCACCAGGAAGCAAAGGGAAAGCCGCCCUGCAAACUUGGGGUUCCAUCCCCACGAACAAGAUGGCGGAGCCGCUGUGUCCCAGGGAAAUAAAUAAGAAAUGGCAAUAAAACUCUCUUCCCUCCCAGAGA